CCUGAAUGUUUGGGCUGCUACGGCAACGGGACGGGUGAGAUGGAGAGGGACGAGGUGGAGCGUCCACCACGUGCUCUUCCGCCACUGCCAAGAUCUAUCUAUGAACAAAACCAAAAAGAAAAAAUCCAGAACAAGCAAUGGAGUAGAUACUUUAAUGAGCUCAACAGGAAGGCGCAAGUCUGAAAGUAUAGAGCCCCUUACCCCAGAUCUUCAGGAUGCUCCUCCUCAAAAGAAAAAGAAGAAGAGAAAGCUACUGCCAGCAGCUGAUUCGGAAACCACCUUUAUCCAGCAGAAUGCCUCUGAAGUGUGCAACUUGUACAGUGGACCAAACAAUGAACUUUCACGCAAAACCAGAAAGAGAACCAAGAGAACUUGCCCAGCAGAUCACAGCAAUGAACUUGAAGUGGAGGAAGAUGACAUUGUUGAUGAUGGACAAGCUCCCCGGCCUCAAGGUCCUCUGUUCGCCUCAUCCUUGGGUUCCAGCCAGCCUGUGGACAAAGUGUUUCUUGAACGUAGCCGUCGGUUUCAGGCUGCAGACAGGGUAGAGGCAGAGAAAAUUGCCAAACAAGUCGAGGUAUACAUGGAGGUUAAGUCCAGCCGGACAACCAAAGAUGUCUCUUUACAGGCACACCGCGGAUUCAGGAUAAUUGGGCUUUUCUCACAAGGAUUUCUGGCUGGAUACAUGGUGUGGAAUAUUGUGGUAGUUUACGUGCUAUCUGGUUACAAUUUCGCCAACAUCUCAAACCUACUCCACCAAUACAGCAUGCUAGUCUACCCAAGCCAGUGUCUCCUGUAUUUUUUGCUCGCUAUCAGCACUGUCUCUGCAUUUGACAGGCUUAACAUGGCUGAUGCAUCAAUGGCACUCCGCAGAAUGGUGACACUAGACCCCACAGCAGUUGCCUCUUUCUUAUAUGUUGCAGCUCUGAUACUAUCACUCAGCCAGCAGAUGACCAGUGACAAAUUUAACUGGUAUCGGUCACCACAAGAUAUCACCAAUGUCACCCUUUGGCCCUCUGGAUCAGAGUUUUUGACUCUGCACCCUUGGGUUGUAGUGAACCUAGUAGUUACCAUCUUAGUUGCACUCGCCUGGAUCUUCCUGUCUUAUCAACCUACGCUUGAUCAUACUGAAGAAGUGGAGUUUGGAUCAGCUAUGAAUGAUAUGGUCGAAUCUGAUGAGAAAUCCAAAGCACAAGCAUAAACCAAUGUAUGGUUUAAUAUUGAAUGAAGUUAUAUGAAACAUUCUCUCUGAAUGGUUUGUCUAUAGAUUACUUUGAAAAUCCUUUUUGUAGUGUGUAUUAUGAAUUUAUAUUGUGUAGGUAUUCUCAUGUUUUAUACCAAAGACCGGCUUUGUUGGAAAGUGGUUGUUACAACCUAACAUUAAUUG